AAUCCUUUCCGAUCUUCCUUUAGAUCUCGCUUCUUCUCUUUGGGAUCGCCCUCAGCGCCAACAUGUGGUAUGAGCAGCAUAGCAUCAUCGGAACAACGGUCUUCGGAUUUUUGUUCUAUUCGCUGACUGAUGGCAUCUUUGAUAUCUCCCCCCUGUCCAUUUCAAACGCCGAUAUCGACAAUGUUGCGCAUGUUGCGCAUUGACAGAGUCCUACUCCUGAUGUUCAAACCAGCAUCCGGGUAUUUCCAGCAGCUGACAACAUCGGUGCACGGUGUGCUACAGCGGCUGCUGGUACCCUCAGGUCAAGUUGGUUUCGAUUGUCCUCGCACUGGCAGUCCUGUGCAUGCGGUAUCAUUCGCACGGCGCUUUCUUCAGCAGUUCUUUUCCGCGCCUCAUAACGGGCUGCAUUUCUUGCUUCUGCGCUCUUCGACGACGGUUGUAAACUCGGAAGCACACUCGCUCGACCGGAACCUGAACGUGUUCGCGGAGAAUGAAUACCCCCUGAACCUCAGCCUCCCGCACAUACCCACCAGCUGUCUCGAAGCACCUAGCAUCAAGUGGCUGCUUGAGACAUCUACGGAUCCUGAAACAUUUCUUGCUGCUGCUAGCCUUGUUCCGCAUGUUGAAUGGCCCCUGGAUCUCGACGUUACAGACAUGCUGCAUCAUCUGUAUGAUAUUCACAUAACCUGCUUGAAUAUUUAGGGGUGCAUUGUACCGUCGUUGAAGGAGAAGGCAUCGGCAUGUACAAUAGCUCUUUGCCAUCUAGUGUUCUUCAGGCACAUCCUGGCCGUGGUGAAUUCCUCGGCCAGGAGAGCACGGACUGUGACGUAUUUGAUGACAUGCAGUUCCCAGAGAUGGACAGCUUCACGGUGCUUGCCACGGCUUGCAAUAUAUCGUAAGAUAGCUACUCGACCCUGAAAUAUGCAGAAUUGGUUUCUUGUCC